GUUAAUAAUAAUAAUAUUGUCUUGUGUGUGUGUGUGCGUUUUGUCGACAGUCAUAUAUUUUUAAAAUAAUAAUAUUGGACUGACGAUUUCGAGUAUCCUUUCGAAGUGUCGUUCAUCGAUAUCAUAACAAUAUAAUAAUAUAAUUUAUAUUAUAAUAUUAUAUCCAACGCAGACCGCGAUUGUUUCGAAAUGCGUCCAGCCGCCGAACUCAGACCGUCGUACCGAGUACAGAUGCACAUGCAAAUGCAACAGCAACAGCAACAGUACCAGCACCAACACCAGACCGGGUCCGAAUACGACGAACAACCCGUGUCGCGGACUUAUCAAUACAGAAAGGUGAUGAAACCGCUUUUGGAACGCAAACGUCGCGCCCGGAUCAACCGGUGCCUGGACGAGCUCAAAGACCUGAUGGUAGUCACGCUGCAGGCCGAAGGCGAGAACGUCAGUAAACUAGAGAAGGCCGACAUACUGGAACUGACAGUCCGGCACUUACACAAGCUUAAGCGGCACAACGCGCUCGGACUGACUGGAGUCGAUUCAGUGUACGCCGAUAAGUUCCGCGCCGGUUUCGCGCACUGCGCCACCGAAGUGUCCAACUACCUGACGUCCGACGUCCGAUCGCCGCCCGUCGACCCAUCCGCUGGCGUCAAACUCCUACACCACUUGGGAGCUUGCAUGCGCAAAAUCGACGUCGACUCCAACCGUUCCCCUUCCGGUACAGCCACCAACGUCGCCACCACUGCCGCCGACCAGUAUAGACCGUACACGCCACCGUCUACACCCGGAAGCGAGCUCAAAGAAGACCCAAAUUCGGUCUGUUGGAGACCGUGGUAAACACGAAGUGUUUAUUUUCGUAAAACCUUUCCCCCCCUUCAACGCCCCCCGACUAAGACUGAUAUUCGACCCCGAUGUAGAGAUAUUGUAUACUACAUGAAGACAAUUAUAGGUUAUUAUAUAAGUUUUAUAAUAUUAUUAUUACUAAAAAGUUUGUUGUUUGCUUAUCAUAUAUUAUCAUAUUAUUUAUUUUUUU